AUGUCAGCGCAGGGAAGUGAGUCUGAGGACGGCAGCAGCUGUGACGAAAUAAAUCUGCCACGUUGUUCCUCAGCCAAAUUAACCGUUGUGAUCGGAGGCACUCACUUCUCUGAGGAGAAAAUGUUUCUUGUUCAGAGUUGCGACUAUUUCCGAGCUUUGUAUCGCUCUGGGAUGAAGGAGUGUCGACAGGAGGAAAUCCACCUGAAGUCUCUUCACCCUCGAGGUUUCCUCAUCGCUCUGGCGGUGUUACGAGGGGAUAUGAUCGAUCUGGACGGGGACGAGAUCGUCGAAGCCAUCGAAUGCGCUUCGUUCUUGCAGGUGGCGCCUCUCACCAAGCAUCUCAUCAACCUCAUCGACUCUGACAACUGUUUGCUGAUGUUUCACACCGCUGCCACCUUCGGCCUCAAGGACCUUUACUCUGCUGCCGCGCUGUUCAUCAGAAACAUGUACGUCGACCUGGAGGCGGAGGUGAAGAGAUCCUUGCCGUCAGAACUGAUCUCCUACGUGGAGUCUUUGACUCCGAGUGUUUUAGUGGCUGUUGGGGCUCAUGUAUCUUGUGGUGUAGAUGAAACUGUACACACCGAUUCCAGGACCGUCUGCUACUUGGAUGAAACUGCCAACAACUGGAAAGUAUUGACAGAUCUUCCACUAGAUGCCAGCACCUCCAUGGCUGGGGUGACCGUUUUAGACAACAUGCUGUACAUCGUCGGAGGAGUUCAUGGACGCAACAAAGAAGUUGUGGAUUCCUGUUUUUGCUACAGCGUCGAGAACAACACUUGGAGCCGGAUAUCCAGUCCGGCACAACUGCGAUACAACCUCAGCCUCGUUGGUCUCGAUGGUCGUCUUUACGCAAUCGGUGGAGAGUACGAGCGAACUGUGAUGUCUUCUGUGGAAAUAUUUGACGUUAAGUCCGGAAAAUGGGAGUUUGCCGCUCAUUUACCUCGUCCGGCUGCAGGAGCAGCAUGCACCAAAGCCAUGAGCCGGAUAUUUGUGUGUUUAUGGAGGCCGAUGGAGACCACAGAGAUCUACGAGUACAUGUCAAGGAAAGACGAAUGGCGGCUUGUUACCACGCUGAUCCGGCAGCAGAGCUACGGACACAGCAUGGUGGGCCACAGGGACAACUUGUACGUGGUGAGAAACGGGCCGUCGGCCGACUUCCUCAGAUGCCUCAUGGACUGUUAUAAUCUCACCUCGGGACAGUGGUCGUCUCUACCGGGACAUUUCGUCAACAGCAAAGGCUCUCUGUUCACGGCGCUGGUGAGAAGUGACUCUGCGCUCACGCUCAACAGGAGUAUGACACAAGAGUUCGCCAUCAAUGGUAAAACAUGGAAGCCCACACGGCAGAUGAAGGGUUUCCCCAGGAGUGGAUCUGUGUGGACGUUUCUGCUCCGGCUGCCAGACGCUCGAAUGCUGCAGUAA